ACCACGUGACUGCGCGCGAACGCGUAUAAAUGCCGUCGUAAACAUUCACCAUGUAGGUUGUUUUGCUUUCACUAUCACUUUGUGAUUAAAAAAAAAAAAAGGGUGAGAGGAAGAACACAUGUCAGUAUGCUGAACUGUCUCUCAGCACGGACACUUGUGUGCUUUAUUCUUUGCUGCUGUUGUGCAGUGAUCAGUCACGCGGAGAAGAGCGUGACGCCCAAAGCCCGCGCGCGCGAGCGCUCAGGUUUACCCGGGUUUGACCCCGGAGACCCUGCUCCACACUUCCGGGUUAAAACCCUGAACGGGGAGUUUGUUUAUCCUCUCACAGAGACGUCCAAAUCCUCCGUGAUCAUCCACGCGUUCACGAAUAAAUCCGCUUUUCUGGAGUGUCUCUGGACGUCCAACUCCUCCGUGUCCGACCUGAUAGAGUUCCUUCCGGUCAGCGCUGAAAUCCUCUUCCUGUCUCUGGAUGAUUCCGCGGCUCAGGAUGCGCUGUGGAUGAGAGAGCAGGUUUACAGGGUCGCCGCCGCCUCAGCGCACAGGGGUAAGGAAAUUUUAUCCAGGCUUCAUUUCUCCCCCAUCCCUGUCUAUGCUUUGGGAAACUGGAUACCGAGAGUGCUCUACUCUUGGGGAUGCGGCGGACACAACUGCGGUUUGGCGCAAGCGGUGUUCACUAGUCCAGAGUGGGAAGUUCCGGUGAUUACCAAGCGCCUGAACGCCAGGUACGACUGGCUGAAUGGCCGCUGGGAAAAAGUGCAGUAUGUUCUUGUCGGGGCGGGUGAUGGCUGUGAGCCCUUUCCUGCAGCUGCCGGAGCCGUGGCCUGGGUUUCUGAAAGCGGCUGCUCAUUUUUCACUAAGAUUAAAGCCAUGGCAGAUUCCAAAGCAGUAGGUGUGCUGGUUUACGCGUUACCUGGCAACCCAAUCCAGGAUAUGAACUGCGCUGGAGAUGAAUGUAACACCACCCUGAACAUUUCUGCUUCUAUGGUGCACUUCGAGCCUGCAGUACAUCAGGCGCUAUUAUCAGGGAAGCUGGUGAACGUGACGUUCCAGGUCACUCCAUCACCCAACUUUUUUAUUGCGAUUGACCAGCAGGGGGCGCUGGCAGAAAUGGGCUGGUUCCUGUAUCCUACCUUCCGGUUCUUAAGCUGGCAGGCAGAGUGGUUUGACUUCAACGCUGACUUGCUGGAGCGUGUUAAACGUCCUGCUGCUGUCGUUCCUGUGUUUAAUAACACGCUGAUGCAGGGAGAGGCAGGAGCUCGGGCUGUGGUGAAGCUUCCCAAAGACUUGUUGGAGUUUGACGUGCUGGAGCUGGACGCGGCGUUGUCCUGUCCCGGCCGCAGGGACGAGACGUGCGCUCACUGGGAUCACACGGUGCAGCUGUUCGUCUGCUGUGAUCACUUCAGUCCUUACUGUAACAUGGAGCUCGGUCGCUGGAUCACCGCCUUCCGCAGAGGAACGGGCCGCUGGCUGACGGACGUGUCUCCGCUCCUCCCUCUGCUGAACAGCGAGCGCUGUGCUCUGGUCAUGAAGACGCCGCCCUGGGCCAUGCCCUGGCUCACAUCCCUCAACCUGCGCUUCAGCCACAGCAACUGCUCGGGAAACUCCUCUGCGAUGCUUUACCCCUUCACGCUAACGUUUCUGUACAAGGGCGGAACCUUCGACAGGGAUUACAACUCCAGAUUUCAGGAGAUCAAGUUCACGGUUCCACCUUCAACGAAAAAGGUGGAGCUGUACGCCGUGAUCACAGGCCACGGCAGUGAUGAUAACAACUGCGGUGAAUUCUGUGUGACGUCGCACUUCUUCCUCGUCAACGGCAUCCACAACAAUUCACUCACAUUCGACUCUGCUGAUUUGCCGCUGGGCUGCGCCAUGCGCGUGGGUGAGGGGGCGGUGCCUAACGAACACGGCACGUGGCUGUACGGUCGCGCCGGCUGGUGUGACGGACUGCAGGUGGACCCCUGGAGGAUCGAUCUCACGCCACAGCUUGACCUGAGCGGUUCCAACACCAUCCUCUACUUUGGACUCUACGACGGACGGAACCCCAAUCCAACCAGAGACCCGGGCUACAUCAUCAUGUACUCUUAUCUCAUUUUUUAUAAGUGAUUCCCGAGAAUAAAUUAAACAUGAAAACAUUUACUGUACAUUUUGAAGUCAUGAAUAAAACAUUUUUUUAAAAA